AUGAGAAAGAGGGUAGUUAGGUGUACUACCCACAAUUUAAGAAGCCAAAGGGUGGUGCCUCAGCUCUUUGCCGCCUCUCUCAGCCCAAUUCGAAACACUCGAGAAACAGAGAUAUGGUUGCAACGGCUACACCCACUUCGCUUUUGUGCGCUUCUCUUCCCUACCAAGACACGGUUUAUGAGGAAAGCUGGGCCCAUUCAAGUUACUGCAAAAAUUCAGCUAAAGCCGCCUCCAUACCCACUGAAUGCUUUGGAGCCACAUAUGAGCUGCGAAACAUUAGAGUACCAUUGGGGGAAGCACCAUAGAGGUUAUGUGGAGAACUUAAACAAGCAAAUAAUGGGAACUGAACAAGAUGGAUUGACUUUGGAAGACAUAAUACUUGUUUCCUAUAACAAAGGAGAUCUCCUUCCAGCCUUUAACAAUGCUGCACAGGUAUGCAAAUCAUGUAAGCCUUCUAUUCAAUCUCUUUCUGGUGAACCAUGA